UUUCAUCUUUAUACCGGGUGCUCUUGCUCUUCUCCUCUCUGUUGCGGCCAUGUCCAAGUUCCUCUCUUUCAAGUCAUUUCUCGAAAAUUGAACAGCAAAUGGAGAAACUGAGAGAAACAAAACAAGAUCCAUCAUCAUCAUCAUCCUCAUUUGCAUUCCAGCAAGCUUCAUUUCUUGCUGAUAUAUUAGGACUUCUUGAGUCAGCAGCAACACCUCAUCAACACAACGAAGGGAAUAAUCAGCAAAAUGGUAGCUUCACCACUCAUCCUCUGGUGAGAAAAAAGAAACGAUCAGAUGAACCAGCUGAGUACUUUCUGCGAGAAGAGAUUCGCAAGUAUGUCAGGAUCAAGCCAAACAGAUUAGGAAAACAAAAUUUUAUGGGUGCUAAUGCAAGCUUCACCAGCAUAGGACAUGCAUGCUUUGCCAUGAAGGAGGAGCUAGAAGAAUACAUGGAUUAUGAUGUUGGAGAGAUCUGCAAUGAUGACUGGAAACUAGCUCAAAAGCUCAUGGUUCAUGGCUGUGAUCCUUUACCAAGGAGAAGGUGCUUCUCAAGGGCCCCUAAGCUAUACAACCAACCCUUUCCCAUCACAGAAUCAUUGUGGAAACUCCCUGAUGAUAGAAAUGUGAGAUGGAGUCAAUAUAGGUGCAAGAACUUUGCUUGUCUCGCUGGCAACACCACUGGUAAGGGAUUCUUCAAGUGUGCACAUUGCUUCAACCUCACCAGCCAUGAGAAGCCUAGAUGGAUGAGCCUGGAAUCUGAUUCAAACCAGACAGCUGAAUUCCUUAUAUCAGAUGUUCUUGCAAUUAAGCCUGGAGAGAUCCGAAUGGGAUUGGAUUUCAGUGUUGGAACUGGGACUUUUGCUGCUAGAAUGAGGGAAUUCAAUGUGACAAUAGUUUCUGCUACAAUCAAUUUUGGUGCACCCUUCAGUGAAAUGAUAGCUCUCAGAGGACUUGUUCCUCUCUACUUGACUAUUAAUCAGAGGCUUCCAUUUUUUGACAACACCCUGGAUGUGAUUCACACAACUAGGUUUCUUGAUGGAUGGAUUGAUUUUGUGCUGCUUGAGUUCAUACUGUAUGACUGGGAUAGAGUUCUGAGGCCUGGGGGGUUGCUUUGGAUUGACAGUUUUUUCUGCUUGAAGGAAGAUUUGUAUGAUUACUUGAAGGCCUUCAAAAUGCUGAGAUAUAAGAAACUCAAAUGGGUGGUUGUUCCAAAGCUUGAUAAAGAUGAUCAAGAAAUGUUCUUCUCUGCUGUUUUAGAGAAGCCUCCUAGGCCAUUCAGGUGAUCUUCCAUUAUAGUGUUAUCUUCUUAUCUAUGCAGUUCCCACCAUUUUUUAGGUUCAUAUUUGAGGCUCGUUACUUCUGAAUGUUGCACAGUUGUCUUGUGUUUUUGUGUUCAUAAACUUCUAGACAUGACUGUUUAAAUCAUAUAUGUCAAUAAGAAGCUUCAUAGUUGAAUAUA